AUGGACAAUGUAAGAAGUGAUGAUACAGCAGGGUCCUCGGAGGCCCGGAUGAACAGAAUGGAACAAAUGCUUACAGCUCUAACUGAGGUAGUAAUGCAACAACAGAGACAACAACCUUUACCUCCUCCACCUCCACCGGUACUAGUGGAACCGGGCAACGGUGACUUAAUCAAUUUGACUCAAAAGUUUACGAAAAUGAAACCGCCAACCUUUCUUGGUGGAAUUGAACCGUUAAAGGCUGAAACAUGGUUAUUGGAGAUGGAGAAACUGUUUGAAGUAUUUCCCUGUUCUGAGAUUCAGAAAGUCUUGUUGGCUACCUACACUCUAAAUGACGAAGCUUGGAGAUGGUGGUUGCUAGUUCAGAAUGGCAAUACGAACAUGACAUGGGCUCAAUUUAAUACGAUUUUCUAUGAUAAGUAUUUCCCCCAGUGCUUCCGAGACCGGAAGGUUUCAGAAUUUCAGGAACUCAAACAAGGCAGAAUGUCCGUAGCUGAGUACGAGGCUAAAUUUAUUGAGUUAGCCAGGUUUGCUCCUCAUAUGGUGAACACGGACUACAAGAAGGCCUGCAAAUUUGAGAGUGGGGUGGGCUGGACUUAG